CACAAAUAGAAAAUCGCCGACUGGUUAAAUAUAUUGUCAAUUAAAUAACUUCCUAAAUACGUUUUCUCUUUAUAAAAUAAUAUUUCAUCAUGUUGGAUUUGGAGUGUGAUGACGCUUGUUAUAUGGAAGAAGAUAAAAUUUUCUUUCAUUAAGGCUUAUUUUUGGUUAAAAUGAUUCGGCCUUCGUAUUCAAGAGUUGAAGUAUCUGACCCCGAGGAAACUGAGCAUUACAGCACAUUCUUUCUAAUGGAGGAUCGCAUGGGUAUGACAGUGACCUCUGGAAGUAUCAGUUUAAAGAAAGAUGACAGAAAUUUAAUUGGCAUAAGCAUUGGGGGUGGUGCUCCUCUUUGUCCUUGUUUAUAUGUUGUACAGGUGUCAGAAAAUGGCCCAGUGGCAAGUGAUGGCACAUUGCAGUGUGGAGAUGAAAUAACAGCUGUUAAUGGGGAAACAGUCAAAGGGAAAAGCAAAGUUGAAGUUGCUAAAAUGAUUAAGACUGUGAAGGGUAAUGUGACUUUGACGUAUAAUAAACUUCAUGCUGAUCCUAAACAAGGGAAGACAUUGGAUAUAAUUCUAAAAAAAGUGAAACAUAGAGUUGUUGAAAAUAUGAGUUCUGCUACUGCUGAUGCUUUAGGGUUGAGUCGAGCUAUUCUUUGCAAUGACACUUUAGUCAAGAAAUUAGAAGAGCUUGAAAGAAAUGAAUUUGUAUAUAAAGGUCUGACAGAGCACACAAAAUUGGUAUUACGAGGUUACUUUGAUCUUUGUCAAGUUUAUAGAGCAUUUGGUGAUGUUUUUGCAUCCAUUGGUGUUCGAGAACCACAACCAAGAGCAAGUGAAGCAUUCACGAAAUUUGGGGAAGCUCACAGAAACAUGGAAAGAUUUGGAAUUAAGUUCCUGAAAACUGUUAAACCGAUGCUGACUGAUCUUGGAACAUAUUUAAAUAAAGCUGUACCUGAUACAAAGCUAACAAUAAAAAAAUAUGCCGAUGUGAAAUUUGAAUAUUUGUCAUAUUGUUUGAAAGUAAAAGAAAUGGAUGAUGAAGAAUAUACUUAUCAGGCUUUACAAGAACCUUUAUAUAGAGUUGAAACUGGCAAUUAUGAAUACAGAUUAAUCCUGAGGUGUCGACAAGAUGCUAGAGCCCGAUUUUCUAAACUGCGUUCUGAUGUUUUAGUAAAAUUGGAAUUAUUAGAUCAAAAACAUGUUCAAGACAUCGUUUUUCAGAUGAAUCGACUAUUAACUGCAUUGGCAAAUUACAAUGAACAAUGUUACAAAGAAAUGCAAGAGACCAAUGUUUUCCCUAUUGAACUGGACUUGCCGCAAACUACAUUUCAGUAUUCUGGUGCAUCUCUGCUCCCAACUUACCAUGACGAGGAAGAGGAGGAGGAAGAAGACUGUGAACCCCUAGUCAUUGCUGAAGAAGCCCUUCCAGAACCUAAAUCAGAUGAUGAGCUUCUAUUACCUGGCAUUUCAGAUGAGGCAAAAGUAUCAAAAGAGUUGGCUAGUUUGAAUCUUCUGGGAGAUUAAAAAAAAUAUUAAUAUAUUUGUAAAAAAUUGUUAAAGUAUGCAAGAAAUUUAUAUGUGCUUUUAUGUUUUUCAAUUUCGCAUUUAUAAGACGUAAUUUUUAAUUACAAGUUCUUUUGUUUAAAAUGUUUAUUCAAGUGAAAAAUACGUUAAAUUUUUAUCUGAAUUUUAUUAUAUGGAUCUUGUAUUUAUGAGAUUCUUAUGUCAUCUCAUUUUAUUAUAGCUUUCUAGUCAUGGUUUAAAAAAUUGCACAAUCUCUAGUCUUUUAUUAUUUAUAAAUGAAAAUGGUAAUUAUUUUGUUAGAGUUAUAUGUUUAAAAACUAGUCACUAACAUUUUGUUAACUAAAAUAAAUUCUGUUUUUUUUUUUUUGACAUUUAUGCAUUUAUGUAUGGAUUCAGCAAUCAACAUUCCUUUUCUCCAUAUUUAUUAAGAGUUCAGAGUUUAUGUAUUUAUACAAGACAGAUUUUGGAAUGUUCCUUCUGUGCAUUUCUUUUAAUAUAACUUAUGAUUUAAUUUGGAGCGAAAAAUGUUGUAAAUUUAUCUUUAUUAUGGAAAUAUUUUAUUUUCAUGAAUAUAUAUGUAAUGAAUAACGAACUGUAAUAAAUAAGUGUUCUGCA